AUGGGCGUCAAUGGAGAUGCCGCAGUCAGCUUAGGCAUGGCUUCGUCAUCUAAACGUACAGUCCGAGCCUCCAACAGUCCCGCUGUCGGGGCCAGGGCUAGCACUCCCCCGCCUGGCAUCGACCGUACUCACUUUGAUGGCGGGAAUCAUCUGGAUUCUCAAGGCGCGCGUAGGGGCCGCAAUGGGGCUAGGUUGAGCGAUGCCAGUAGUCAGCACGACCUGGAUCUUGACGCUGCGAACCACGCCCUUCGCAGGGAAGUAUUGAGUCGCCAGUCAAGAGAAACAACGCCAAAUGGAAGUCCGCAUAGGAAGCGACAGCGUAUCACAGGCGAUAGGUUUAUUCCAACUCGCUCUGGACAAGACUUACAUGCCAGUUUCAACCUUCUUCAUGAGGAUGGCUCCCCUGCAACACCAUCUAGACAAAAGAAGCGUACCCCCCAUGGUGAAUUACACUUCCAGAAAACUGAGGAGGCAAACCGUACUUAUUCCACCUUAUUGAGGGCUGAGAUUUUUGAGAACUCUGUUCCUCAGGCUGCAACAGCGCUUUCUCCAGACCAAGCGUCUUCAAGAGGUUCCAAUGUGCACCACGGCACGAGAGCCCAGACACCUCCUCACAAUCCGCCGCCACUACCUGCCUCCCUGACACCAUCAACUCCUCACAAAAACCUUUUUUCAUACAUGUCACCUCGACACCACAGCAGUCUUGGUGGACACCCUACUCCGAACCGCACCCCACAAAGUAGGCAUGGGCCGAACAUGGACACGCGGGCCGAAAUAUACAGCUUGUCGCCGGUGAGAUUCGGCAGCCAGCAAAUGUUACUUAGUCCCCGGAGGCAACCCAGGGCCGUCAGUAAGGUACCAUAUAAAGUCCUUGACGCGCCUGAUCUAGCAGACGACUUUUAUCUCAACCUGGUCGAUUGGGGUAGUGCAAACGUUCUCGGCGUGGGACUAGGUUCGAGCGUUUAUAUGUGGAACGCGCAGACAAGUCGCGUCAACAAACUGUGCACUCUAGAAGACGACACCGUCACUAGCGUAUCUUGGAUACAGAAAGGCACGCAUAUUGCCAUUGGAACCGGCAAGGGCCUGGUGCAGAUUUGGGACGCUGAAAAGUCUAGGAGGUUAAGGACCAUGACUGGCCAUACCGCUCGGGUCGGAUCACUGGCCUGGAACACGCACAUUCUUACGUCAGGAUCCCGAGACCGGUUAAUAUACCACCGCGACGUGCGAGCACCGGACCAAUGGAUGAGGAAACUUGUUGGGCACAAACAGGAAGUUUGCGGCCUCAAGUGGAACUGCGAAGACGGGCAAUUGGCCAGCGGAGGAAAUGACAACAAACUCAUGGUGUGGGACAGGCUUUCAGAUACACCUCUCUGGAAGUUUUCAGACCAUACAGCAGCGGUCAAGGCAAUCGCGUGGUCCCCUCACCAGCGAGGGUUGUUGGCCUCCGGCGGCGGUACGGCCGAUCGGCGAAUCAUAUUUCACGAUACGCUACGCGGAACGGUCGUGAAUGAGAUUGACACGGGUAGCCAGGUAUGCAAUAUUGCCUGGUCCAAAAACUCAAACGAGAUCGUGUCUACGCAUGGUUACUCCCAGAAUCAAAUAGUAGUCUGGAAGUAUCCUAGCAUGACGCAAGUCGCCAGCCUCACGGGCCACACGUAUAGAGUACUGUACUUGGCGAUGAGCCCCGAUGGAAGGGUAGUAGUGACUGGUGCCGGCGACGAGACAUUACGAUUCUGGAAUUUGUUUGGGAGGAGACCUGGAGCAAGAGAGGACAAUGACGGUGGGGGACGAUUGUCAGACUGGGGCAUCAUACGCUGA